GGGCAGUGUGCAUGUUGUUGUCCGAGCGUGGUACACACACGGCGUGAUGCAACGACCCAGAGCAUCGUGGGAUAUGAGGCAUGUUUCUAGUGAACGACAUUGACAUUAGAGGUGGGAGCUGAUGGGAGACACCAUGUCCAGCCCUACAGGCACCGUUAAGGCAGAGGGCAUCAUGGUGCCUGACUUUGGCACCGCACCACCACAGGGCUGUCCGAUGCAUCGAGAUGUUAAUAAAAGUGCCCCUCCAUCAGAAUGUCCAAUGCAUCAGGCAUCUGCACCUGCUAGCGAUCAGCUGAAGAAAGCACCAGAUGUACCAGCACAUCAGGACAGGGCUUAUGAAUUCGUGGAGUGUCCUAUGAGAGCUGCCAAUGGGGCUAAACCCACAAUGUCUGAUAUCAAUCCAGCAAACAUGAUGCCACCACCUAACCAGCAACCUUCCACUGGUCAACCAUUUUCCCUUUCUGUUGCAAGAGAGGAAUCUACCAUCCCUCGCGCUGGAUCUGAGCAGAACUGGGUUUAUCCCUCAGAGCAGAUGUUUUGGAAUGCCAUGCUGAGGAAAGGAUGGCGCUGGAAUAAUGGUGACAUCAAUCAGAAAGAUAUGACAAACAUCAUUAGGAUUCACAAUCAGAAUAAUGAGCAAGCCUGGCAGGAAAUCCUAAGAUGGGAGAAGCUCCAUUCCAAAGAAUGCCCAUGUGGACCUUCUCUUCUAAGGUUUGGUGGCAAAGCAAAAGAGUUUUCACCCAGAGCUCGAUUUCGCAACUGGAUGGGGCAUGAGCUACCGUUUGACAGGCACGACUGGAUUAUUGACCGGUGUGGAAAAGAAGUCAGAUAUGUGAUAGACUACUAUGAUGGAGGCCAGGUGGCCAAGCACACUAUCCUUGACGUGCGUCCAGCCUUUGAUUCCUUAGGAGCUGUUUGGGACCGUAUGAAAGUGGCCUGGUGGCGUUGGACCUCCACAUGAAUUUUCUUUUGUGAUCUUUAGGACAUACUGGAACUGAUAUUUAUAUAGCUUAGUGGAAGCUUUUUUUUUGACAUGACCUUAUAUCAUUAUAUUGCUGUCAUGAAUUUGGUAUGUGCAUAUCUUCAACACAUCCUCCAAUGAUAUCUGCAGAACCUGCUAUUGCAGCACUGUGUGCUGUUGUAGGCGUACAGUGUCAUGCAAUGUACUUUAUUACUGUAAUUAAAGAAAAGGUAAUCAAACCAUCUGUUAUUAACCUAAUGAAGGCACUCUGGCAAGUGAAAAUGAAAUGUAAAGUAUGACUUUUAGAAACUAAUGUUGACAUUUUGCUUUCCUGUUUUAUUUGAAAACAUUUACAGUGUUAACCACCCAAAAUGACAGAAUCCAAUGAUUGUGUAAAUAGGCUGAUAACUUUUUUUUUGUUUGUUUUUCUUCAUUUACUGCCAUUUUCUAGCUAAUCAAUUAUUUAUUUCUGCCACAACGCCAUUUGUUAAAAAUGUACCACAAAAUGAUUUUCAAAACAAAAUGCCAAGAUGAAAUAAUUUAUAGAACUGAAAUUAAAAAUACUGUCAAACAAUA